AAUGAACUACACUCUGGAUGAUGAGCUUUCCCAAGCCCACCAUGAAUAUGCCCUUCCAAAGGUGGCACGGGCCACCACCAUCACCCAGGUGCCCCCUGCCAAGACAAUAACCUUCUUCAAGAAAGGAGACCCCCGCUUUGGUGGGGUUCGGAUGGUGGUCAACCAGCGCAUGUUCAAGAGCUUCAAUGCCCUCAUGGAUGAGCUCUCGCACCACAUUCCCCUAUCGUUUGGCGUUCGUACCAUCACCACACCCCAGGGAGUACAUUGUGUCAGUUCCUUGGAGCAACUGGAAGAUGGUGGCUGCUAUGUUUGUUCUGAUAGGAAUCCUUCGAAAGCCUUUGGUGGGCCAUCCAGGCGACCAACAGGAUCUUCAGGUGGCCUUCCCACCCAAAGGAUCAGCGGCUCGGGAGGCUGGCAAGAGACCCCUUCCUGGCAGGGCCCCAAAGUACCAAAAAAGUUAAUUCUGAUAAAGAAUGGAGAUAUUGGAUUUCGGCGCUCCAUGAUUCUUGGUCCAAAGAAUACCCAGAACUUUAAGACCUUCCUCGAUGAUGCAUCUGAUAUUUUGCAUUUCCCCAUAAAACACCUCUAUAGUACUGAUGGGAGGAAGGUGGAAUCCCUACAGAGUCUGCUACAAGGCCCUUCUGUGGUGGUGUGUGCUGGACAAGAGCCCUUCAGACCUAUGGCAGUAGAACAUUCCAGAAGACACUUGCCUGAGAAGUUGCCAAGCCUGAUGUCAAAGAAGAGGAAUGCCAACUGGGAACUGAAAGCCAAGAAGAGUGUUAUCCAUUCAAGAUCAGAAUCAAGCAACAGGUCAAGACAGCUUUCUCUAACAUCGGAGAAGUCCUACCUCAAUGGCUCUAGGGCUUCUAUAAGGAGUGGCAGUCCGAGUCCUACAGCCAAUGCUCCUGAGAAGUCUACUGGUCUGAUUGCCAUUGGGGCCAAUGAUGACAUUGAGAAGAAGGUUCAUGUAAACAAAGAUGGCAGCCUGUCAGUAGAGAUGAAAGUACGAUUCCAACUACUAGGUGAGGAAAUGCUUCAAUGGUCCACCCAUGUUAGAAAAACUGAUGAUCUCAGGGUAGCAAAUGGUGAUGACCUAAGACUCAGCAGAGUAGCCUUAUUGCAUCCUUCUAGGGAGAACAACAUGCAGAGGACUUCAGAGGUGAAUACUUUCCUUUGUUCACAUGUCCACAAUUCACAAGGUCUAGAGGAAGCCUCCUUUCAAGGAUGUCAGAGACCACAACCCAAAUAUGAAAUUUGGAAAAAUCCUUUGCAUGUUUCUCAGGGACAUGGAACAGCUCCUGGGAGGAGUUCCUGGAUAACCCAGUCCCCUUGCUCAGGGGCUUCAUUGUUCCGACAGGCCAUCCACCAAACAAAGGAUUCCAGGGACAGCCUCUGCACCACUUCUGGUGGGGAACCCUUGGAAUGCAGUGCACCAGGAUUCUCUUCUUAUUCUGGGACCUUAGAGGGUAGGGUGCGGUGUGGUGAGGAACACCAGGCCUUAGGUCAAAGGAACUUCACCACAGUUGCUUCAAGUAAAGAUGAGAUGCAACAAGAAUAUACUCUGACUGGGACAACCAGUAAGUCUUGUGACAGAGGGUCUGACUCACAAAGAAAGAGCUCCCAGAAAACUCAAGGAGCCACAUCAGGUAGAAAGUGGUCACUAGGCGAGAUAGAGAGAAAUGAAGGAUGCUCAUUGAAUUGCCUGGAGAAUGAGUCUGAAAAUGCAGCAGAGGACAUUUCUGCCUUGUCAGGAUGCUUAAGAUGUAGAGGAAAGAGAAUGUAUGUGACGGAGGGCUAUGGCAGCCCUGAAGGCGUUUUCUGUUCCUUUGUGAGAGAGGCUAAGGGAAGAGCCACCAUGGCCCAUUAUGCAACAUCCCUUGACAAAGCCUGUGGUCUUAGCAGGCAAAUGACACCACAAGGGAACAGUGCUCAAGAGGGCUUUAGAUCCUUCCUUGUUAGCCCAUCCUCCUUAAAGAAUGAAGCUGAAGAGGAUGAAUACAGCAGUGCAAUACAGGAUACCUGUUCUGGGUCUGAAUGGAAGGUGCCCAAGGCAAUGGUCAGUGGUGAGUUCAGUGACCUUGAGUGUAGUUGCCUUCCAUACUCUUCUUGUCCCUCAGCAUGCAGUGGAAGCAAAGGAUGGGGGAGUCCUAGGAGUGAUGGAUCCCUUCAUAACAUCUCUCACUCUUUCAAAGCUUAUGAGGAAAGUGAAAACAGUCAGCCACAAAUGAAAGACAAUGAGGAUAGAGGGACUAACUAUGGCUUAGAGGGCUCAACAGAGAGAUCCCUGCCAAAAAGAAUGUUCAGUUCUCCUGUCCUAGCAAAGCCUAGGUCAGGCAGUCAAACUCCUAUUUUUUCUAGAAGUUCUUCUGGGGCUAAACAGCAAGCUGCCAGGGACCCUGGGUCUCCCUCAUCUCCCCCUCAUCAUUUAGAAUGUUUAUCAGGGCUCAGUGGUGCCUCCAUUACUCUGGAUGAUAACCCAGACCAGAAGAAAUUAGAUAAUGUUUCUAAUUCUAGUCAUUCAGAUCUUAACUCAUUGGAGGAAACUAGGGGAGCCACACAGGCCAGUGAUAGCUCUUUAGAACCAAGAUCUUCAAACACUUCAGAUUCUUCAGGUUUUCAAGGUAUUGUUGAGGAUGAGAUGACCCUGGAGGACCAUCCUGAAGUUUCUUUGGAGUUAAAAAUUAAAGAACCUCAGUUAGAGGAAUCUAAUGCCUGCAGAAGUAGAUGUUCCUCUCAGUCUAGCAAAAAUCAACCUUUUAGGACUUACAGUGAAAAACUACAGAUCCGACCAAUUAAGGGAAAAAAUGAUAGUAGGAAGCAAAGCUCUCAGGCUGGCUCAGUAGCCAGCAGAGACCUCAUCACUGCCCCCAGAGGAAGGCCUUACAUCAAAAACAGUAAACUUGAUAUAGUCAAGCAUACCUCAAGCAGCAGCAUAUGGAGUGCCAACUUGGGGGCAAGUGGGAGUCCAGAGGAGAAGGCUGAUCUCAACUUGGCUUGGCCAAUUGUCAAAAGAGCCAGAAAGGAUGGUCAUGGGAGGAAAAUGCCAAGGAAAAAUUUUGGAAAAGGGAAACCUCAAGAAGGAAAGAAGAAUCUUGGCAUGCCAGAGGGUAACACUGAUAUGAUACCCAGUGACUUUCCCAGCACAUCUCCAGAGGAAAUUAUUUAUGAAUGGCUGAUCAAAAUCCCAGAAGAAUCCGUCCUCAUGAGUUAUGAGAUGCAGGAUGACAGCCCUGGUGCUAAUGUGGGGGCUCCAGAAGAAGACCUUAGAGUCAAGUGUUCUCCUGAAGUUCCUAGAGAAAUAACCCAGGCCCAAGAACAUGCCCUAAAUAGGGAAGACUCUGGGGGAAUAUCAUUAGACAAAAGCCCUAGGGUUGAUGCUGCUAGCCCAGAGGUAAUAGGUAGUCUUACUGAAGAGAAAUCUUCCAGUACUUUGGCAACUGUAGCCGAAGGAAGUCCAGGGGAAUGUGCUGACUUGGAAAUGAAAUCCAACUUGAGUAAGAUGGAGAACCUGCCUCACUCACUGUUUAGCUCAGUGCAGAUCAUGAAAACAUUGCUCAGUUCUAAGCAAAACCACAAGUUAGGUCGGUUCAAUAGUUUGCCAGAAGUGUCACAGACCAUGGGAAGGAAGUUAAGUCACUCUGCUCAUGUACUGAUCACCUGCCUGGCCAGCCUGCACUUUUUUGAUGAAGAACUUGUGACUGUAGCAAACCAGCAGACCUACAUGAACUCACCCAAAUACCAAGAACUUCUGAGCAUCUUUCAAUCCAUGUGGACUGAAUGUAGCCCCAAUAUAGGUGAGCUAAGCUCAAAGGUACUGCCAGGCCCCAAGUCUCAGACCCCAGUGACUGGUGAUUUUACUCCAAUGUCCUCUUCUGGAGUGGAUGUCAGCAGUGGCUCUGCUGGUUCUGGAGAAGGGAGUGUGGCUGGUGUUGUGGACUGUGCUCUCUUCCCUGAGAAGAUGGAGGACUCCAAAUUGAAGAGGCAGGAUAGCAUUGCCUCCCAUAUUGAUAUGGAUCUCACAACUACAGAGAAAGUAGAGGACAAGGGAUCCUUCUCAAAAGGCCAAGUGAAAAUGGAAACCGAUUCAAAUGAAGAAGAGGGAAGGAGCACUCAUAAUGUCACCAGCAAGGAUGAGGCCAAUGAAACCACAAAAGAACAGAUAUUAGAAAAUAGUAUGGAUAUAGUUGAUGAAGGUGAGAUAAAAGAAGUAGGGAUGGAAGAAGAGAAAAUGAUAGGAAAGGAAGUGCAAGAGAUGGAAACCCAAAGUGAAGAAAUGGAAGCAGAAAAGAUUCAGGAAGAAAAACAAGCAGAGGAGACAAAAGAUGAGAAAAUGUUAAUGGAAAGAAUGCAGGAAGAGGAAGUAAUACAGGAAAAGGAAGGAAUACAGGAAGAGGAAGCAUUCAAAGAAUGUGACUCUACAGAUUCAUGUCCUCUAGACAACAUACAGGAAUCAACAGAACAAGUUAGCAAUCCUGGGAAAGAUGGUUCAAAUUCUGACAAUGUUCAUGAUAGUCAAGAAUUUGAAUCUCAUUUGAAAGAAGUAACUGAAGGAGUUGCUGGGGCUGGUGAGCAAUCUCUAGUCAAUACUACUUCAGGGACUGUGGGAAAGAGGGCCUCUAUUAUCCAGAAAGCAUCACCAGAUCCAGAUCCCCUCUGGGUUCUGAGGUUGUUGAAGAAGAUAGAGAAGGAGUUCAUGGCUCACUAUGUCAAUGCCAUGUCUGAGUUCAAGAUCAGGUGGAACCUACAGAAUAAUGAAAUGUUGGACCAGAUGAUUAUAGAAUUGAAGAAUGAGGUGAACCAGCGAAUACAAAAGAGCAUUGAAAAAGAACUUAGGAAAAUCCAAAGUAGGGCAGGCAAGAAGCUUCCAAAGCCCCCCAGGGAAGCUUUUAGGUGGGAGACUUCACUGCAGACAGAACAAAGGAGGAGACGCUUGAAAGUUAUGCACAACCACUCAGUCUUCACAGAGCAAAACAAAAUGCCAGGAAAGCAGUAUUUCUCCCUGGUCUUCGUUGAUGGCAUGGCCUCAAGUGAGACCCUUGGUGAUGAUCUUCGAGAACAAGGGGGUGAGGAAGAGUACUGCCCUUGUGACACUUGCAUAAGAAAGAAAAUGACCACUAUGUCUCUGAAGAACACAACACCAGCCACAGAUGCUCCCCGCAAAAAGGAUUUUGACCUACAGCAAAUCCUCCUUAAGAAGAAGGAAGAAAAGUUAAAUGAAGGAGCAACUGAGAUAGCUACAGAAGAGAGAGGGAGUGAAGUACUUCAGAGAAAACACACAAGUAAUGAGGCCAUCAGUGAAACUGAAUUAGGAUUGGCAUCUAGUAGCUGCAUGGAUGGAGUUGAAGCAGGGGAGGAGGAAAACUAUAGAUCCAGCAAAGACAAAGAGUCAGAAUUGCAUGAAGGGGAAGAGCAGGAAACUAAUCCUGGGGAAAUGAUGCCUGAAGGAGAAGCAGAAGCAGAUCUUUGGAACAGAGAGGAGGGAAAUAAAGAAGAAAAAACUGAAAAAGAUUUGGAAGAAGAUGAAGAAGAGAAACAAUAUGGGGGAGAGAAUAUAGGUGAGAGAAGUGAGAAGAAAGAAACUGGGUCUACAUCUGAAUAUGGAACAAAUUCAGAGAGAGAAGGCACAGGGGAUGGAGAUAGAUGCUCAAAACCAUUAGAUGGUGCUGAUACACUUUGGGCCACUGAGACAUUUAGUCAAGAGGCUGAGGUAGAGAAGCAAUCAGAGUCACAGUUAGGGGUGAGUAGCCAAGAGGACCAAGAAAACAGUUGUCAGGAAAGUCCAGGAGAAAUAGAGGUUGAUGAAAGGCCUGAAGAGAAUAAUCCUGACCAAGAGGUAAGUGAUAGCAGUUUGACCACCCUCAGAAGGUCACAAAGAAACAAAGGAGUUGUCUCUUCCAACAACUCAUCUAUUGCAAAUUGCUCUCAAGCAUCCCAGAGAGGGUCAGAAGAGGGCUCAUAUGGAGACUGUGAAGAAUCGGAAAGCUUAGAGACUGAGCCUAGCAGAGACACUAAUUUGGAAAACAAGGCUUUUACUAUGUAUCCUGAAAAUUCUCCUUCUGAACAAGAUAGAAUGUCUUCUUGCACUAGUAUUUCAGAAAGGGAGUCUACUGGCAGCCCUGUCUUAGAACACAAGGAUAGACUGGCUAAGAACUCUACAUUUGCAGGAGUUUUUGAUAAGGCAGAAGCAUUUGAUGAAGAUUGCUUGGAUUUCUAGAUAAGAAAGCUACUAGACUACUUACAGGUUCAAUGACUGAUAUUUUGCCUAUGACCUUAGUGAGAUUAAAUUCCUUUGGUAAAGAAAAAUGACAUGGCCUCUAGAGCAGGUAGUGGAUCCAGGAAACUACAUUUCCCCAUAUUUCUAAGUUCCACGCCCUGUCAUCCCAUUUACUGGUUUUGAAGAAGGAGCUUCUUUCAUAGUGAAUCUUAAAAACUGGAAAUAACUCAGCUAUGUGGCUUGCUUGAACAAAAAAGAUAUACUCAGUUGUACAACUCUCUACUUUCUUGGGGCACCCAAGAGCCAGCAAGCUAACUAGAACUUUGUCCUUCCCUCACCACACACCACUCUUCCCUUUUGGCCUUUUUGACUACUAAUUCACUGUUUUCUUUGGGUUAACUGUUAGAUGAGAUGACUUCAAUUCAAAUACACACAGGGACCCUGGAAAUAUGGAUUUCUUUUGAAAAAUCUGGAUGAAAUGACAACUAAAUUUAAUUUAUAGCCUGAAUAUAAUGAUUUCUAAAAAAUAAUUUAAAAGUGAUUUAAAAAUAAUUUUUGAAUAUCUUUACUCCUAUUCCAGAUAUAAAGUAUGGACUCCCUCAAAACCACUAGGCAUCAGGAUGUUGUCCUCACCCCUACUGCCAGUUAAAUAGUUCUGUAAUGGAGAUGAGAUUUCCUGGGCUAUUCUCACUGGCUUCUCAAUGAUGGCAUUUCUUCUGCCAUUGUUAAAAACCAAUGUUAGUCUCCUAAUUCUCUAGUUGUGAUCAUAUUCAAAAUAAGCCAAGGCUGAAAAUUUCAGGGUGAAGAAGAGAGAGACUCUUGUCAUCUCCAGAGCCAUUGUGCACAUUCCAUAUAGUGCGACACUUCCCUGAUGGACAGUGGGAGAAAGCUUCCUGGACCAUGAAAAAGCCUUGCCUGUCUCCCUCUAUGGGUCUUCAUUGGAACCAAGGGAGACCUAACCCAAGAACAGUUACUGUUUCCUCCUAGACAACCGAAGAGAAGAGUUUGGGGAUAUAGAAAGGGGGAAGUUUAGUUAGGAGGAGAGUUAUCUAUAUUCCAUGUCCAAAGCAUGAACUGACUGACCUUAAGUACAAAUUAACUUUGUUAACUCAAAGGACAUAUAUUUCCCUUUAUGAUAGAGGGAGAAUCCUCUUUUAAGUGGCUCAAAGGGAAGUGGAUAGUAGAUUGCAAAUAUAUAAUUAGAAUUUGCUCCCCAGAAACUCUUUUCCCAUGAAUGUGGUCAGGAAAGUUUUCUUUACUCAGGUUUUUACUUUUGUCCUUUUAUUUAAUUCUACUUCAAGUGGUUAUUAAUAAAUCUUAUAAAAUAAAAUGCUUGGAGUUAUUGAAUAUUAAUUUAAAUCUUACACAACAAAGAUUUUCUAAAAUGAACAUCUGUUGUUUCAAUUUAGAGGAUCUGUGUCACAAUGUAUUAUUUAUUGUAGGGUUUUGUAUUUGUUUAUAAAUAUAUAUAUAAAUCAAAUAUUCUGCAUAUUCUUUAUAAUCAAUAACAAAUUUGGGACAAAGAGUGAGGGUAUCUUGCUGGACUGAAUGUGGUACCUGUAUUUACCCCUUCUUCUUUCAUUACAUUU